CGUUACUGCCUCUCCUCUUCUCCCUCCCAACGCCACCCAUUUCGAGAUGUUCGCUGCGGCCGGUGGGCUCUCCCUCGUCCCGCAGCCCUUCGACGGCCCCGCUGCGGCCGCCGUUGCCAAGCACGCGUCGCGGUGCCGUCUCCCUCCCCGGAGGAGGAGUCUCUUCCUCGGGAGAGCCGCCUGCGCCGCGAGGCCCGCCACUUCCGGAGGGAGCGGCGUUGACCAAGAGGAAGCGUCUCGCGAGGAGGCCUCCAGAAUCGGCGAUGCUGACCCCCGCCAACUCCGGAGGUCUGCUGAUUGGAGGGCAGCAAGAGCUUACAAAGAUAGUGGCGUGCUCUUUGAUGGCAAGAUUGAAGCCUUCAAUAAUGGGGGCCUGCUGAUUCGAUUUUAUUCACUUCUUGGCUUUCUCCCUUACCCUCUUCUUAGUCCAUCCCACUCAUGUAAAGAUCCAUCAAGAACCAUUCAAGAUAUAGCAAAAGAUCUAGUAGGCUCAUCUAUUUCUGUAAAGGUAAUUGAAGCAAAUGAGGAGGAAAAAAAGCUCAUCUAUUCUGAGAAAGAUGCCGCGUGGUCAAAAUAUUCUAGCCAAAUUAAUGUUGGCAAUGUUUUUGAUGGAAGAGUGGGUUCCUUAGAAGACUAUGGUGCAUUUGUUCACCUACGUUUCCCUGAUGGUGAUUAUCAUCUAACUGGACUGGUGCAUGUCACUGAGGUUUCCUGGGAUUUGGUUCAAGAUGUGAGAGAUUUUCUACAUGAAGGAGAUGAAGUCAAGGUCAAAAUCAUUCAGAUAGAUAAAGAUAAAUCAAGGAUUAAUCUGUCGAUUAAGCAGCUGGAGGAUGAUCCUCUUAUGGAGACAUUGGAUAAAGUAAUUCCUCAGGAAGGUCAACUUGUAUCUGAUAGUAUCGAUACAUCUUCUAGUAUGAACAUCGAGCCUCUUCCAGGACUUGAGAGCAUAUGUAAAGAACUACUACAGGAGGAUGGCAUAAGUGAUGUACAAUUAGGGCGUCAAGGAUUGGAGAAGCGUGUUGUCUCACAAGACUUGCAGCUUUGGCUUUCAAAUGUACCAGCCAAAGACAAGCAGUUUACACUCCUUGCUAGAGCUGGAAGACAGGUCCAGGAGGUGUACUUGACAACUACACUUGAUCAGGAUGGCAUAAAGAAGGCUGUGCAGCGUGUACUGGGUAGAGUACCUUGAGAUUCAGCAAGAUGUUUCUGACAGAAGUUGGCAGUGGAGAAAUUCACAGAGAGAGAAUAAAAGGAAUGAGAAUGAACAAGCUGAAAGUAUUAUUCAGUGAACUUAGCACAAAGCAUAUUCACGAACCAAGUUUUCAAGGCCAAGUUGAUCCUUCGAGUCAUGAAAGGAUGGAAGUUCUUCUAGGUUGACAUCAAAUCUCUACUUGUAGCAGCCAAGGUUGACAGUGGAGAAAAUCUACAAAGAGAGGGUAAGAAGAAUGAGAAAAAGCAAGAUGAAGUUGUAUUUAUUCAGUGAAUUCUGCACAAAGCAUAUUCAUAGCGUGUUUCUGAAGUCAAGUUGAUGUAGUGAGUCCUCUUUUCAGGACAUGCAUUGACAGCAUGUUCGUUUUAUUUGACAUCAAACCUCUACUUGUUGCAAAAUCUUCUUUGACAGAUUUGACAAUGGGAGAAAAUCUACACGGGAGGAUAAAAAAGAAUGCUGAAAGUGUCCUUAUUCGGUCAACUCUGAAAAGGUCAACUUGAUGCAGUGAGUACUCGAUGAGGACAUGCAUUGACAUCUUUUAUUUGACAUCAAGCCUUUUCUUGUCGCAUGAACUAUUUGACAGAGGUUGACAGUGGAUAAAAUCGACGAAGAGGAUACAAGGACUGGAAAAGAACAAGAUGAAGGUGCAGGUAUUCAUUGAAUUUUGCACAAAACAUGUUCAUGAAACAAGUUAUCAAGGUCAAGUUGAUGCUUUGAGUUCUCUUUCAAGACAUGCAACAUGGAGGUAUGGAACAUCUUCUUAUUUGACAUCAAACCUUUGCAUGCAGCAUGAUCCUUUUGACCUGGCUUGACAGUGGAUAAAAUUGGCAGAGAGGAUAAAAGAGAAUAUGAGAAAGCACAAGCUGAAAGUGUAUUUAUUCAGUGAUGCUGUGAAUCUUCUUUGAGGACAUGCAUUGACAGCAUGGAUGGAUGGAAGUUCUUUUCAAUUGACCUCAAACCUCUUCUUGCAUCAUCAUAUUUUUUUUACAGAGCUUGACAGUGGAGAAAACCCAGAGAGAGGAUAAAAGAACAACCUAAAAGUGUAUGUAUUCAGUGAACUCUGCAGAUAGCAUAUUCAUGAAGCAAGUUAUCAUUGGUCAGGUCGAUGCAGUGAGUAUUCUUUCAGGACAUGCAUCAACAACACGAUAGGAUGAGAGUUCUUUUUAUUUGACAUCAAACAUCUACUGGUAGGGAGAUCUUUCUGGCGAAGUUUGACAGUGGAAAAAUUCCAUAACAAGAGUAUAAAAGGACCGGAAAAGAACAAGCUGGAAUUGUAUCAUUCAGUGAAUUCAUGAAGCUUAGCAAGAUCAAGUUAAGUGUUAUUUUGGGAAACGCAGCAGCAGUAUUGAAGGAUGGAGGUUCUUUUUCUUAUUCUCAUCACAUACUUUUGGCAUCUGACUUUUCUGAAACAAAAAAAGGAUAUUGAACAGAUUGAUGGUAAUCAGAUGCUCAAAGUGCUUUAUCACCAGCAUUGUUCCGUGCCAACAUCAUCAUCGAGCCACUGCAAGGAGUCAGAAGGCUUUGACAAGCCUGCUAGUGUGGAGCAUAAGGGAAUAAGAAUACCAAGGUGGGGAAGAGGAAUGAGAAUACCAAAUCAAAUGUAAAUCCAAUGUAGACCUGGAUGUGGGUAUCAGGAGAUUUGCAAGGUCAAAUCAUCAGACAUAUAUAGAAAAUGGGAGAAUAUUUCAUCGACUACGACUAAGACUACUGCAGAAUCGAUUUGACUGGAGGUACCCUACUCUGCACUUUAUAGAUGUUUAUCUCUUCUUCAAUCAAUUACAUUCAUGUCUACAUGAAAAAUCAGAUAUGAUUAGCUA